CGUCCUCUUCCAUCUUUCUCCCCGAAGCGAAGAAACCAGAAGGCCACCCGACCCAACCGUUCUCCCGCCCUCGUUGUUCCAUCGCCGCAUCCUUCCGCAAGGCUAGGGUUUAGUGGGCCUUUAGGCGCCGGCCGCGCCCAGCGAUGUACGGCGGAGGCGGGCACUACGACGGCGGCGGCGGGGGCGGGGGCGCCGCGAACGCCAACUCGCUCUUCGGCGGUGGGGGAUUCAUGCCCUCGCAGUCCACGGCGGUCCCGGAGAGCGGCGGCGGCGGCGGCGGCCUCUCCAAGGGUCGGAGCGGGCAGACGCUGCUCCCGCUCACCGUGAAGCAGAUCAUGGACGCGGCCCAGGCCAGCGACGACAAGUCCAAUUUCUCCGUCAAUGGCAUCGAGGUGUCCACGGUUAGGCUUGUUGGACGCAUGUUGAAUAAGGUUGAGCGGGUCACAGAUGUUGCGUUCACUCUUGAUGAUGGUACCGGCAGGAUAGAUGUUAAUCGCUGGGAAAAUGAGUCUUCUGACACUAAGGAAAUGGAUGAUGUCAUGGAUGGGAACUAUGUCGUUGUCAAUGGUGGUCUGAAAGGUUUUCAAGGAAAACGCCAUGUGAUUGCUUACUCUGUGCGGCGUGUGACAAACUUCAAUGAUGUAACUCAUCACUUUCUGCACUGCAUUCAUGUGCAUUUGGAGCUGACCAGGUCAAAGCCCCAUGUAAAUGCUAAUAUAGGAACCCCUAAUCAUGCUAACCAAGUUCGGCUCCCUAAUAAUCAGGCCUUGGGAAAUACUACUGGAAACGAUCUGUCCAGCUUGGUCAUGAGUGUUUUUCAUGACCCAUCUGUCAUAGACCUGGAGCAUGGACUGACUGUGGAAUAUGUUAAAGAUCGUCUUAAACUACCAGAGGAAGUGAUCAGGAAGGUCAUCCAAGAACAUGUUGACAUUGGCAAUAUCUAUAACACAAUUGAUGACUAUCACUUCAAGUCUGUCAUGAACGGUUGAGCCUGUUCCAAGUCCAGUGUCAGGUUCUCCCCGGCGUAGCAGCGGAGCUAUUUCAUGUAUGAAAUGUAACCACUCUGCAGGAUCGCCUCGCGUAUCUUGCAGACAAUCAUAAAAGAGAUCAACUUAACAGCUAGGUUAGGUUGUGUAGCUAAGUACUGCUCCCUUGUGUAGUUAUAUGAUGUAACGGACACGUGUGAGUAGGCUAGCUCUCCCUUUGGACAUAUGCUGUGCUUGCUACCCCGGUACCCUUCAAGUAAUCCCGUGUAAUCGCCCGUGUUAUGUUUA